AUGGUGUUAAUCGAUAAGCACAAUUACCUAUCCCAGGAGGAAAUUCGUCUGAAAGAAGACAAGGAACGCACCCGUUACUGGAAGAGAUGGGGGCCUUACGUCGCUGAAAGACAAUGGGCGACGGUUCGCGAGGAUUAUUCCGAGAAUGGAGACGCUUGGAGCUAUUUUUCGCAUGACCACGCUCGUUCAAGAACUUAUCGCUGGGGCGAAGACGGCAUUGCCGGUGUUUCCGAUACCCAUAAUUUGCAGAACAUCGCGUUUUCAUUUUGGAAUGGGAAGGAUGACUUUUUGAAGGAGCGUCUGUUCGGCCUGUCCAAUCCUCAAGGCAAUCAUGGAGAGAGUGUCAAGGAGGCGCAUUUCCACCUGGACAACACCCCGACGCAUUCUUACAUGAAAUUCCUUUACAAAUACCCUCAAAACAAGUUCCCUUACCAGGAUCUUGUAGAUGAGAACGCUCGCCGCUCACGAUUGGAGCGUGAAUAUCAGAUCCUCGACACCGGCGCCUUUGCAGAGAAUCGCUACUGGGACAUUUUCAUCGAAACCGCCAAGGAGAAGGAUGACGAGGAGGAACUCCUGUUCCGCGUCAUUGCCUACAAUAGAGGCCCAGACCCUGCCCAUUUGCAUAUCAUUCCCCAUGUUUGGUUUAGAAAUACAUGGGCUUGGGGUUGGGGGGAUAAAUCGCUCAAACCGUCCAUCGAGCGGGAGACUCCGCUCGCUGCGAAGUCCACCCAUUACAAGCUUGGGGAGAGAUAUGCGCGCUUCGCUCCCUCCCCGUCGCCCGAUAACUCCGAGGAUGAUAUCAUGCCUCGGAUGCUGUACACGGAAAAUGAGACGAACAACGAACUGCUUUGGAAUACCAAGAAUGAUCAACCAUACGUGAAAGAUGCUUUUCAUCGUCAUAUCGUCAAUGGUGAAGAGGAUGCGGUGAACCCGGAGCAGAAAGGUACGAAAUUUGCAGCGUGGUAUUCCUUCGAUCAAGGGGAGGGGGUUCCUCCGGGAGGAUGCGCCGUUGUUCGAUUUAGACUGUCCAGGAAAUCCGCACCUUUUGUUGACGAAGAGGUGCUGGACGAUGUGAUUGAUCAGCGUAAAGCGGAGGCCGACGACUUCUAUUAUAACAUCAGUCCCUUGCCCAUGAGUGAUGACCUACGGAACAUUCAAAGACAAGCGUUCUCUGGAAUGAUGUGGACGAAGCAGUUCUACCAUUUCGUUUGGGACCAGUGGGCAAAUGGCGAUCCAGCAAUGGUGCCACCGCCACCGGGUCGGAAGCAUGUUCGCAACCAACAGUGGAAACACUUGUAUAUGGAUGACAUCCUCUCGAUGCCGGACUCUUGGGAAUAUCCAUUCUUUGCUGCCUGGGACACUGCGUUCCAUUGCAUUCCGCUGGCGAUGAUUGAUCCGGAAUUCGCGAAGAAGCAGUUGGAUCUUCUGACUCGUGAAUGGUAUAUGCAUCCGAACGGGCAGCUUGCGGCGUACGAAUGGAACUUUGGUGACGUCAAUCCUCCGGUCCACGCAUGGGCCACAUUCCGUGUGUUCAAGAUUGAGCGGAAAAUGUACGGUCGCCAGGACCUUGACUUCCUCGAAAGGGUCUUCCAAAAGCUCCUCCUGAACUUCACCUGGUGGGUGAACCGCAAGGACUCUGACGGGAAGAAUGUGUUUGAGGGAGGGUUCCUCGGACUAGAUAAUAUCGGUUUAUUCAACCGAUCUGAGCCCCUGCCCACGGGUGGUGUCUUGGAACAAGCAGACAGCACUGGCUGGAUGGCUUUCUACUGUUUGACCAUGCUCAACAUUGCUCUAGAGCUUGCGAAGCAUCGAAGAAUUUAUGAAGACAUCGCCUCUAAAUUCUUCGAACAUUUCAUCCUUAUCAGCGACGCUAUGACGUUCAGGUCUGGAGGACAAGAGACGUCUCUCUGGAACGAAGAAGACGGCUUCUACUACGACGCCAUCUCAUACGGCGAGCCAUGGACUCAGCAGCUCCCCGUGCGGUCCCUCGUCGGUCUGAUCCCAUUGUAUGCGGUUCUCACCCUUGAACCGGAACUUAUCAAGAAAUUUCCCUCGUUUAAGAGACGGUUGGACUGGUUUAUUGAGAAUAGACAGGAUGUCGCAGAGCGAAACAUUGCCAGCAUGAAGCGUCGUGGUAAGGACGAACGACUGCUCUUGUCGCUAGUAAGCAGAGAUCGGCUAGAGAAAAUCCUCAAGAGGAUGCUCGACGAGACCGAGUUCCUUUCCAAGCACGGAAUUCGAUCCAUGUCCAAGCACCAUGAGGAGCAUCCGUUUUCCAUGGCUGUCAACGGCCAGGAAUUCCGCGUAAACUAUGUCCCUGGUGACUCAGACAGUGCUCUCUUUGGUGGCAACAGUAACUGGCGCGGGCCCGUCUGGCUAUGCGUUAACUUCCUGCUUGUCGAGUCGCUGCUGCGUUUCUAUCUGUUCUACGGGGACUCUUUCAAGAUCGAGUGUCCCACAGGUUCCGGAGAUUACAUGCAUCUACAACAGGUAGCAGAGGAGAUCCAGCACCGAAUGCAACAUCUCUUUGCUCGGAACGACGAAGGACGUCGCGCAGUGUACGACGGCUCCGACCUACUCGAUUUCGACGAGCACUGGAAGGACUACAUGUGGUUUCACGAGUUCUUCGACGGAGACACCGGUCGAGGCCUGGGAUCCUCUCACCAAUGCGGGUGGACAGGCCUCAUCGCCAAAGUCAUCCACGACACUGGAAUCAACUGCCGCCUUCCACAGACCCCCCGCACCCCCUUCGCUGCCGCAACCCACUACUUCGACGACGUCUUCAGCCGCCGCCCCCGCGGCAGCCGACGGCCCAGCGUCCGGCGCUCCUCCACCAGCCGCUCCAUCGGCAACAGAAGCGACUUCGAGUCGGCCUUCACUGGUGGUGAAACACCCGCUGCCGAGAGCGUCGUCGACGACGACGAGGAUGAGCGCCGAGAUCGCGACGAGCAUGUUUCGAGCUAUGUUUCGACCCAGUUGCAACGGGUCCGCAGCCAGACGUCUAUCGCGGACUAUGAGGAUGAGCUUGAGACGCAGGCGGAUCGGACUCCGAAUGGGCAUUAA